AUGUCUUUCCUAUUUGGCGGCCGCCCUCAAAUAUCCUCGGAGGAGAAGAUCCAAAGAGCAGAGCUCGAAUUCGAGAUGAUCACGGACAUGGUCAACCGACUCAACGCUGCAUGCAUGAAGAAAUGCAUUCCUCCAGACUAUCGGGAAGGCGAUCUCAACAAAGGCGAAUCCGUCUGCCUCGACCGCUGCGUUUCUAAAUUCUUCGAGGUUCACAUGAAGGUGUCGGAGAAGAUGGCCCAGAUGCAAGGCCAAGCCGGCGCCGGUCAGCCGGGAGCUGGUUUUGGAAUGUGA